AUGGAUCCACCCUCUGAUCUCGUCGGAUGCGGGUCGUCAGGUUCAUCCCGAAGCUCGCGCAAUGGCAUGUCCACUUCACUGGGAUACUUGUUGACGAGUAAUUCUUCCUCUCGGUCUGGGCUGUUGCACUGCACUGCUCUGCUCUGCUCUGCCGUCAAUCCUACAUACAAGCCGCCAUCUUCGUGGUCGAAAGAUGGUCUGAUUGCUCUACUUUGCGAUGUCUUUCUUCCUUCUGGAUUCCCGGAUAGUGUGACGAGUGAUUAUCUACCAUACCAAAUUUACGAUUCUCUCCAGGCUUUCUGCAGCUCUAUCGCCGGUCUGCUGUCGUCAAGGGCAGUUCUCCAAGGUAUCGGCGUCGGCAACGUAGACGCCUCCCCUACAAAUGCACUCCUCCUGCACAUCUUACAAGAUACAUCCGGCCGCAUCGCGACGAUCCUAUUCGCGCACCGCGUCGGCACGGCGCUGGAACCGGAGUGUAAAACCUACCGUCUCGCUGCGGAUGUCUUUAACGAUAUCGCCAUGAUCAUGGACUGUCUCUCGCCGAUGGUUCCGGCCGGUGUCAUGCGUGUAAGCGUUCUCAGUGCGGCGGGGGUCUUGCGCGCUCUUUGUGGCGUUGCGGGUGGGAGCUCCAAGGCUAGUCUCAGUGCUCACUUUGCGAAAUGGGGGAAUCUGGCGGAACUUAAUGCUAAAGAUUCUUCGCAAGAAACUGUUAUUUCGCUAUUUGGCAUGUUGGUUGGUUCCGUCAUUGUCUCGCAUAUUACUGGCUUCAUGAUGACUUGGGCUGCACUCCUCUUCCUUCUGGCUAGUCACCUGAGUCUCAACUAUGCAGCCGUCCGCUCGGUGCAAAUGACCAGUCUGAACAGACAACGCGCGAGCAUGGUCUUCUCCACCAUAAUCGAAAGCGACAACUACGCCAAGAAGAAAGCUGUCAAUCUGGCGAUUCCAACGCCGGCACAGAUCGCACUAGACGAACGUAUCCUGGCAAAGGGAUCCCCAUUCUUCUGGGUGCGGAACCGAAGUCGUCAAUCUCUCGGCUCGGCGGAGAUGGGUGUCUCGUUGGCGGAGUUCUUUGCUCGAAGGAGGGCGGAUAUUGGGAAAGACACUAAUACUAGAGCGUUCCAUACUAAUAUCCCGAUUAAGGCAUUGAAAGAUCUCUUCGAAAAGGAGGAGUAUAUCCUCUACCUAACACCGCAAUAUCAAUCUCAGUCCCAAGGCCAAGGCCAUGCAGAAUGCAAAUGGCACGCUUCAAUCCUCCUAACACCAACCUCGACGACAAAAACCCAGCUUAAAGCCUGGUGUCACGCUCUGAUCGUCGCGCGCGCACUAAGUGAACCGGCCAAACCGAAGUCCCAGCCCCAGUCCCAGCCGGACUUGACAGACGACGCAGUGCUGGGCUACAUCUCCGAAACGCUGAAUAAAUUGAAUGAGGGCCGGUUUGAGGGCUAUCUUUCUGCGUUGGGAGAGAAGGGGUGGGAUGUGACUUUGUCGGCCUUGGAAGUUAGGGCUGGUCGGAGGGUUUGUCUAGAAAGUCGUUGA